AUGUCCAGCCCUUCGCCUUCAAGCGAACAACCCCAAUCUCGCAACCGCCCUGGCUCCGCAUGCACGGAAUGCCGUCGCCGCAAGAUGCGCUGUGAUGGGAAACAUCCUCAAUGCAAUAAUUGUUCUAACGCGGGUAUAAUAUGUGUUUUCAACCCCCAGCCUUCCCGUCGGGGGCCCAAAAAAGGACAUUUGAAAAGCCUGCAGGUGCGUAUCGCGAAUCUCGAGAAUACACUGUUUGGACGGACACAGGAUCCUCUGUCCACGGAGAUUUCCACAGACGGUGACGCUGCUGCGCAAUCCGCAAUGCAUGGCUGGGAAUCCCAGUUAAACAUACCCCUUAAUGAGUUCAACAUUCCAGCGGGAGCACCAAAGUUGGGGACUGCACCGAUUUCGGACUUAUUACACGCCGAACUUGACCAGUUGUACUUUGAUCGUGCACAUAUUUUCGUCCCCAUUCUCAAUGCACGGCGCUACCUUUCGUGGACCAGGGAUGAUAGUAAAUCCAUAUCGAGAAAAUGCUUGCAAUACGCCAUGUGGACGAUAACUACGUCCAAGUCCGCCCAACUGGAACAUCUCUGCGAACCACUCUACCAGUCAGCCCGAGAGCUACUAGGAUAUCUACAAGUAACAGCUGAAAAUAGCAACAUAGACCGGAUAGAGCAUGUUCAAGCAUUACUGAUACUUGCAGUUUACGAAUUUACCCACCAUACCUUUCAGCGUGGGUGGAUGAGCGCCGGUCAGGGUAUUCGACUUGUGCAGCUGAUGAACUUGCACAAGAUUGAUCUCAACAAGGAGGGCAGAGCAGGACCCGACGAGGCGAGCGGGUUGGAUGAUCCCGUUUGCACAGAGGAGAGGCGUCGUGUCUUUUGGAUAGCAUACAUACUAGACCGGCUUAUCUCCUUAAGACAUGAGAGCCCAUUGACCUUUGAUGAGCGAGUCAUAGCGACACGGUUGCCCGCCAGAGAGGAGGCCUUCCAGAUGGGUCAAUUAAACCAGAUGACUGGAUUUCUCUCGAAGGCUAUUACUGAAGAUGGGCCUCUCCCGAAAGCAGAACUUUCAGAAAUGGUUAUUCUAGCUACACUUUGCGGAAGAACAGUAUUACACCGGCAGCAGGCAGCCGCUGAGCAAGCCGACUGCGGCAUAUCCAACAGCUUCUGGGAGCGACAUCGCCGGCUAGACGCUAUACUAGUCAAGAAGGGUCAGGUUAUUUCGACACUCCAGCCGGUGGCAACCAUGAUGCCUGCAGAGCUGGCUUCUCUUAUCCCAAAUCUGAUGAUACAAUCGGCUCUUCUAUAUCAUUGUACGACGCUGCAGCUCCUAGCUGACGGAAUUGAAAGCAGUGAGAUGGUCCUGCAAUGUCGACAACGGGCAAUCCUGGCUGCGCAGGAGAUUAUCCGAUUGACAGAGGCAGUGCUCCAGCUGAAUUAUUUCGAGAUUGCCCCAUUCACACCGCUUCCCGUGCUUCUCUGCGCCAAGGUAUUGAUGAUGUAUCAAGACACGGAUCCCUCAUGUGCGCUUCAGCUGCAGGAAGCUCUAGGUAUGGUGCAAAAUCUGGCAAAUACUAACCAUUUAUGCCGGGAGUGGGCUAUCCAACACCCUGAUCUGUUUGGAUCCGAAUCCGACUUUGUCCAUAUUGAGGAGGAGAGCCAUGGCUAG